UAAACCUCGCUGCCAUAAUGGAUGUUUGGCAUUUUCAGUAGAACAGAAGACAGUCGUUUUACGAAGAUAUAGUAGUGAACCUGAGAUUCACUGAAUUGAGAGCAGUUAGAGAAGAGAAUUGUGCUUCACACCAAACACUAUUGUUUACCAUAGACCUUGAAGAAACUUGACUGAAAAGAAGUCUGAAGCCAUACUUUGAUUGAGACCCAACUCCACAGCCAAAACAGUGCUUUCCCAGCCAGCUACACCCAUAGAUACAUAUAUGAGAAGUUGAGAGAAGUCUUGAGAAGCCCAAUAUGUCUGUAAUCAUCCGUUUGCAAGGCCUACCUUGGUCAGCCAGUGCUCUUGACAUAAGAAACUUCUUCAAGGGUCUAAGUAUUCCUGCUGGUGGAGUACACAUAAUCGGUGGUGAGAAGGGAGAUGCAUUCAUUGCUUUCAGUACAGAUGAAGAUGCUAGGCAAGGGAUGAACAAAAAUUUUGAAAUGUUAAGUGACUCUGUGAUUAAACUGUUCCUCAGUAGUAAAACUGAAAUGCAAAAUGUCAUUGAACAAGCUAGAGCACCAAUUGCGAACUCCAGCCCCACUGUUCCAGAACAGUCUUCUAAGGUGCCUGAUCCACAUGGAAGACCCUUAGAUAAUGAUAUUUAUGGUGGAGAACCACUGUCACGAAAUAGCAGUUGGGGAGGAGCACCAAAAGUUGAAUUUCAAAGACAGGAUCCUGCAAAUGUGUUCAAAGAACCGCAGUCCUGGUAUGAUGGUCAGCAACAAGCAGACUUGCAAAAGUAUCCAAGGAAUGAUGUCUACCCUGACCCUGGGAAUUACAAUUACGGACAGCAAGAUGCUGGUUUAAACCAUCCAGAUGCAGAUAUGAUUCCUAAAGAUUCUAGAGCCAUGCCUCCAGAAAUGAGACCUUCAAGACCAGUAGGCGAACCUUUUGCAGGAGGGUUAAAAAAUGAGUUUAGAGGUCCUGCAAGCAUGAAACCAAUUGAUGAACCAUUUCCACUUGAUGGCAGAAACAAAAACUGGCAAGGUGAUUAUGACCCAGUAAGUCGUGGUCCACGAGAAGAUAUGAACUAUCCACCAGAUAUCAGGAAUCCACAAAGUGCUAGGUAUGAACCAUCUGAUGGGAAGUUUGAUUCUGUGCGUUCUCAAAGGGACAGCUUUGAUCCUUGGAGUCAAAACGUACAGGGACCCGAGGAGCCUGAUGAUAUCCCUCAAUUUGAUGAAUAUGGCAGACAAAUAUUUCCUACUGAACAGAGACCAUUUUCUCAAAAACCAGUUGGGCCUACAUUUAAAAGUAAUGAAAGACCAGGUGCAGGUUUUUUGCCUGCUAGAAAUGUUCCAGAGGUUUUUGAACCAGGUUUUAAAAAAGGUAGUCAAUUUCCAGAUGAUCCAGAUUUGCGAAAAGAAACUCUAAUGCCUCCACGAGGACUAACCACUGGUCCUAAAUUUGGGAAUGAAUUUCCUGAUGAUCGAGAUUUCCGGAACACACCAAGAGAAAGGCAAAUCUUUAGUAGAUUGGAUGACAAACCGGAUUAUCUUCAAGAUGGUACUCCUAGAAAUCCUAACCUAACAAACCGCCCAAAUGUUAGUGAGAGAAUGUCUAAUUCCCCAGCAAGUUUUUCAGGGAUGAAUCAAGAUCAGAGAUCUGGUUAUCCUCAGAAUCAAGGUGCAUUUCCACAGGCAGACCAUUUUGAUCCCAUGAACCAAGGUUCCAGUCUUAAUGUACCACAUGGUCCAAGAGGACCAUUUAGACAAGACAUAAUGGGAGCACGACCAGAGGGUCCAGGUGGAAGGUUUGGACCAGGUGAACCAAGGGGACGAUUUCCUCCAGAUGGACCUAGACAUCAUUUUGAAGGGCCUGUCGACCGAUAUCCUCCAGAACAUGUGGGAGAAGAGUUUCCUCCAGAUGUGUCAGGAGAAAGGUUUCCUCCUGAUAGGUUGAGAGAAAGAUUUCCACCAGAUGGUUCUGGAGACAGAUAUGCAUUAGAAGGACCAAUGAGAAGAUUUGGACCUGAAGUGCGGGGUGGUGCUUAUCCAGCAGAUGGACCUGGAGGAAGGAUGCCUCCUGAACGACUUGGGAGAGGAAGGCUAGGAGCAGAUGGACCACACAGUAGAAUGCCUCAUGAAGGUAUAGGAGGAAAUUUUCAACCUGAGGGCCAAGGCGAUAUAGAUUCCCCUCCUGGGCCAGCUGGAAGAAUCCCAAUGCAAGGUGGAGUCAGAAAUCCACCAUUUGCAGGACCUGGAGGAAGAUUUCCACCGGAAGGUUCAAGAGGGAGAGGGAGACCUGGUGGUCCAUUUAGAGGUCCAGUACCACUUUUAGAUGUUCCUACUAUAGGGUCUGAUAUUCAAGAGACUGAUGUUGAGAGACCAGGAUUUCCUCAUAUUGCGGGCAAUGUACCAAAAUUACAGGAUAGUAAUGCUUUAGUUAAAGACAACCAACAAAACUUGGACAAAUGGAAGGAUGGCAGACAGCCUUAUGGUGACAAGAGUUUAAAACCAGAGAAUGGUCAACCUGUUAGUAAGCCUGCAGUUCCAGGUAAAGGAUUGCUUGGAGAUGCCCCACCACUGGCUAAGCCUAUGCCUGAAGACAAAGACAAUAGGGAUCUCGCUGACCGUGACAACAGACACAUGGGACGACCUAUGCCUUCAAGAGGAUCUGAUGAUGGACAUUUUGGUGGUGGGUAUGGUAGAAGAGGUAAUCCAGAUUCUGCAAGAUUUUCUUCAAGAGACAUUUAUCGGGAGAGAGAUGAUAGGUCACGGUCCAGGGGAAGAAAUGAAGAUCGAGAUUAUGACAGAAGAGGUGACUCGUAUUACAGAUCAGACAGAAGAGAUGAUCAUUAUCGCAGUAGCCGCUACAGUGAUCGAGAUUCAAGAAGCUAUUCGGAAAGAGAUCGUGAUAGAGAUCAGUCAAGACGAGACAGGGAUUCUAGAUCUGAUCAGUCAAAAAGUGGGUCAGAAAGAGACAGAGAAUCGAGAUCUAGUCAGUCCAAGAGUUCUGCAGACAAGGAUUCAAGAGGUGAUUCUAAAGGUAGUUCUGACAAAGACAGCAGAACUGACAGCCGAGGCUCUAAACGGAUUAGAUCAGAAGAUAUUCGUGGAUCUUAUCAUGUUGUACUUCAUAGUAUGUCAUCAGAUGUUUCAUACCGUGAAGUCAGAAGAUUCUUCGCACCCAUCGAAAUUCCAUUUGAUGGACUCAAACUAAUUAAUGAUGAACAAGGUAGAAGAACCGGACAAGGUUACAUCAAGUUUGCAAGCGACAUGGAUGUCGUCAAUGCCCUUAAAAAGGCUGGAACAAAUAUGAAUGGAAAGAAGGUUCAAAUUCAGCGGUGUACUAAGGAAGAUUAUGAAACUGCUGUCGAUUCAUAUAUUCCUGACACGGAUUCACCACCCAUGCCUCAAAAGCGCCCCAAGCUAAAUGAACCAGACAGUACCAAAGAACAGCCGCAGAUAAGUACAAGUCCUCCAUUUAUGGCUGCAUUGAAGGGAUUGCCCCCAAAAAUAACAAAGCAGGAUAUUGUUCAGUUUUUGUUGGGAAUUAAUAUUGCUAAUGGUGGAGAUGCAGUGUAUAUUGACAUUGAUCAGAAAGGCAUUGGAACUGGCACAGUUUAUGUAGAAGUGUCCACACACGAAGAUUUGAAGAAAGUAUUUGCUUGCGAAUGUAGGACCAUGGGGCCCAGACUUAUUCGUGUUAGCCAAGCAAAGAAAGAAGACAUCGAUGCAGUGUUAGAUCAUCAAAAGAAGUUCAGUCACUUUGAAAGUAAUCUUGGAGAUGUCGAUAAUAGAAAAUUAGAAUUUGGUAAAAAUGAUCAGUCUGUACUUGGAAAACCACCAUCAGAUAAUGAAGCAAAACGAAUUGGAAAAAAUGAUGCCGACAGUAGAGUACAAGAAGAUUCCUACUUUGUGUGCUUGAAUGGACUACCACCUCUUUGUACGCAGCGUGAAAUCAGAGAAUUUUGUCAAGGUUUGUCAAUAGCUCCUCGUGGACUACAGAUUUGCCAUGAUGGCGAUGGCAAGCCAACUGGAGAGGCAUUUCUCGAAUUCCAUUCAAAAGAACAUCAUGAAGGCUGUCUGCAACUUGACAAACACAACAUGGGUCACAAUCAGAUAUCGGUAGUAGGUGUUACUAAAGUUGAAAUGGUGACACGGAUGCGUCAAGCACGAUUGGUCUCCAAGUUCGGACCGACAGCACGAAACCCCUUGCAGUCUGGUGGUCCUCCACUGAUUGCAGACACCCCUGAUGCUCCUGCUAAUGACUGCACUAAAUCCAUACCUCCAGGAGUUCUGAAGAGACACUGGUUCUAUCUGCGAUGUUCCAAUCUGCCCCUGUCGGUGACCAUAAGGGAAAUCCUGGGCUUUUUUCAAGGUCACAGUCCUGUGCCGGAGUCUAUUCGUCUGCACUACACUGGAGAUGGACAUCCCACGGGGAAUGCAGUGGUCGGGUUCGAGUCGCGGGACGAAGCUAUGAAAGCCAUGCACGAGCUGAACAACGCACUUUGCCGACAGAACAAUGUGGUCAUCAACCCAGCAUCUUAUUAGCGAGGUGAGUAAUCAAAAAUUUUAUAGAUGAGAGGUUUAUUUCCUAAACGCCGAGACUGGGUUUUUGCCCAAACCAUCUGUACAUAGAACAAGAUUCCGCGGACUGGUGAUCCAGAUUGAUAAACAUUAACGACCACAGUUCGUCUACACGUUUUAAAUAGUUUCUUUUAAUUUCGUUUCCUGGGCAUAGAGGAAACAUACAGCACCGAAUGCAGAAAUCGGAAUCGUUUGGUUAUCGGAGUGAAAAGGAAGACGACCUGCAGUUUCCAGAAGCACAGAUUCUUGUUGGAUUCACAUGGAAGAACUAGACAAAGAGGAUAGUAUUCGGCAAAAGCAGUCAUAGUCGGCUGCUUUAAGUCAUUAUGUUGUGAAUUAUUUAAUCACCCUCGAGUAUCGGUCAUGUUUUUGUUUAUUAGUAUGUUAGUAAUUGCGAAUCAGUAUAUGAGUCGACCAUUCACUGACAUCUUAUUGUAUUUAACAUUUAUUUUGUUUAAGAACUCGCACAUUUCCUUCCAAUUUCCGUUGAAAAAAAAACAUUAAACAAAUUAAACAGAAUUUGUUAACGAUUAUUUGACUAUCGACAGCUAUAUGUAGGUCUGUGUCUUCAAAAUAUCGGAACUAUUAAGUAAGGAGCACGGGUCAAGUUUAGAUGGCGGUUGAUGAUUUUUUAUAAUUUACAACAGUAUUUAACGUAAGCUGUGUUGUCAGUGAUUCUAAUUGUCUUUUUCAUUGUGUUAAUUAAGUUAACACUAGUCGUGUUUGUGGUUUUGGACCAAUUAGGUUUAUCUUUAAAUCUUACCCCGUGCUUGUGAAAUGCUUAGAGAGUCUAGACUCGAUAUAGUCUUGAUACCUGAAGUAGAGGCAACGCUGUACAAAUUGUAUUCAUUUGAUGUCAAGAAAGAUUUGAGUCAAAAUUCUAAAAGUAUUGUAAGCACGAGUCCUGAACGACAAACACAUUAACAUCUUUAUUGUCCACAAGAAGACUGACUGGACGUGGUACUCAUGCAUUCAAAAGUGAUCUUUAUAAAUGACGACGUAAUAACGAUAUAGCACGAAAAAGCACCAGUCUUAGAAAUUAAAACUAAUUUCGAAAAGUGCUUGAAUUGCAUAUUUCCACUGAAAAAUAUAAAAAUUUACCUUCCUGGA